GUUUCGUCCUAUUUAUAAUAGAUUUAAGUUUUAGUCUUAUUUAUCCAAUUAUGUUUACAUUUAUUAUGUUUUUACUUGGACUAUUUUCAGUCCUAGACAAGAACAGACUAGAACAGACCAAACCAGACUUCAAUAGACCAGACCAGACUUAAACAAAUCAGACAAGACCAAAUCAGACCAAACUUCCAUAGUUAUAAAAUACAUAGAGACUAGACAAUUAUGAGAUCAGACCAGUUUAGACCAGACCAGACCAGCAAAUUUCAGUCUAAUUAAAAACAUCCUUAAUCCUACUUAGGGACAAUUACUAUAUAGGAAUUUAUUACGGAGUAAUAAAUUAAGAAAAAAUGGAUGCAUGAUGCAGGUUCUUGUUGGGCAUUUUCAGCAGUGGCAGCUGUAGAGACCCUGCUAUGGCUAAAGAUCAAUCAUAGGCUCGUAAAUCUUUCAGAACAAGUGAUCCUCAACUGCGGUGUUGCGUUCUCUAGCUCCGGAUGCACCGGGGACCAAUUCAGCGUCGCAUUCGACGUCGUCCAACAGAUAGGCAUCCCCAGCGACGAAUUCUUUCCAUACCUCGGCGGGUCUAAGGGCUCCUGCGACUUGAAAACAAUAGCUGCUGUCGGGUACAAGAUUGGAGGAUACACAGAAAUCCAGGGAUCGCCUCGAGAGAGAGCAGUUUUGGAUGUGGUGCGGAAUCAGCCAGUGUCGGUGUCAAUCAACGGCGGCACACACAACUUCCAGCAUUACAAAGGAGAUAUCUUCGACGACCCGAGUUGCAGUGCCAGCCCGGAGGAUCAGAACCACGGGGUGACUAUUGUUGGGUUCGGUACGAGCAACAACGGGAAGAAAUAUUGGAAGGUGAAGAACUCAUGGGGUAAAACUUGGGGUGAGGAUGGGUAUAUGAGGAUUGCAAGGGACCAAGGACGAUGUGGAAUCGCUACUGAGGCCUACUAUCCAAAUGGUCCCAUCUAGAGCAUCUAUAUUGCCACAAUGUGCAUGGUGCAUGUGUGGUAUGAAAGAGAUAGACAUUAUCUCUCUCCUUAUUUGAAAGGUCUUAUGUGUUUUUGAUAAAUUUUUCUUCACAAUGUCAAGAAGGAUGUCUAGAUGUAGACAUUAUGGUUUCCAACUUUCCAACGAAGUUUACUAAAAUUAUAUAAAACCGUCGAAAGAGAGAGAUAGAAAGCGAGAAAUGUGAAUAAUUUAUUUUUUCUGUAUUA